AAAUCAGCAAUGUCGAGAAUAGUCGCUGAUAACAUCCCUCUGAGUGAGGUGGCCCGCGUGGAGUCCUCGCCCACGCUCGGCCACCUCCUCCAGUGCGUCGGCGACCUCCGCAAGGAGGUCGCCGGCGACGAGACGCCCGCGCACCAGGCGCUCGAGAUCAGCGGGGGCGAUGGCCCCCGCUCGAUCCCGUUCGUGCUCUCUUUCACCAACAUCACGUAUAGUGUCAAGGUCCGCCGCAAGCUCGCCCUCCCGAAUUUGCUCCGGCGCCGCCAGGCGACGGACCCCGAGUUGGGUUUCUCGUCGACAAAGACGAUACUCAACAACGUCUCCGGGGAGGCGCGUGACGGAGAGAUCAUGGCGGUGAUGGGCGCGUCGGGGUCCGGGAAGUCGACGCUGAUCGAUGCGCUGGCGAAUCGCAUGGCGAAGGGGAGCGUGAAGGGGUCGAUUACCCUCAACGGUGAGCAGCUGGAGUCGAGGAUGUUGAAAGUGAUCUCUGCUUACGUCAUGCAAGAUGAUCUCCUCUUUCCAAUGCUCACCGUUGAGGAAACCCUAAUGUUCGCGGCAGAGUUUCGUCUGCCGCGAACAUUGUCAAAGUCAAAGAAGAAGCUCCGCGUGCAAGCCCUAAUUGACCAGUUAGGACUUCGCAACGCGGCGAACACCGUCAUCGGCGAUGAAGGCCACCGCGGCGUCUCGGGUGGGGAGAGGCGGCGCGUGUCGAUCGGGACGGACAUAAUCCACGACCCGAUUUUACUGUUCCUCGACGAGCCCACGUCCGGUUUGGACUCGACGAGCGCGUACAUGGUGGUGCAGGUUUUGCAGAGGAUCGCGAAAAGCGGGAGCAUCGUGAUCAUGUCGAUCCACCAGCCGAGCUACCGGAUUCUCGGGUUGCUCGACCGGAUGAUUUUCCUGUCCCGGGGGCAAACGGUUUACAGCGGUUCACCGGCGAACCUCCCGGUUUUUUUCUCAGACUUCAAGCACCCCAUCCCGGAGGACGAGAAUCGCACCGAGUUCGCCCUCGACAUCAUCCGCGAGCUCGAGGGCUCACCCGGUGGGACUAAAGCCCUCGUCGAGUUCAACAAAACAUGGCACGCGCUAAAACGCGGAAACGACGCCGUCUCGGUAAACAAAACAAAUUUAUCCCUGAAAGAAGCGAUAAGCGCGAGUAUCUCAAAAGGGAAGCUAGUGUCCGGGGCAGCGGCCUCUGGGGCCGCUGCCCCGGCCCUGGUCCCAACAUUCGCAAACCCCAUGUGGAUUGAAAUGGCCGUUCUUUCAAAGCGGUCCAUAACCAACUCCAGACGGAUGCCAGAGCUGUUCAGCGUCCGUCUGGGGGCAGUCAUGGUGACAGGAUUCAUCCUGGCCACCGUGUUCUGGCGCCUGGACACCUCCCCAAAGGGGGUGCAGGAGCGCGUGGGGUUCUUCGCCUUCGCCAUGUCAACAAUGUUCUACACGUGCGCGGACGCGCUCCCAGUCUUCCUCCAGGAGAGGUACAUCUUCAUGCGGGAGACCGCGUACAACGCCUACAGAAGGUCGUCGUACGUGAUCUCCCACGCGGCAGUCUCCCUGCCGUCGCUAAUGUUCCUCUCCCUAGCCUUCGCCGCCACGACCUUCUGGGCGGUGGGGCUAGACGGGAGCUUCAUGUUCUAUUUAAUAAUAAUAUUCGCAUCCUUCUGGUCCGGGAGCUCGUUCGUGACGUUCCUCUCCGGGGUCGUGCCACACGUGAUGCUCGGGUACACGAUCGUGGUGGCGAUCCUGGCGUACUUCCUCCUCUUCAGCGGGUUCUUCAUCACGCGGGACCGGAUCCCGGGAUACUGGAUCUGGUUCCACUACCUCUCGCUGGUGAAGUACCCGUACGAGGCGGUGCUGCAGAACGAGUUCGAUGAUCCGGUGAAGUGCUUCGUGCGGGGGGUGCAGAUAUUCGACAACACGCCGCUGGCGGCGGUGCCGGAGGAACUGAAGGGGAAGCUGCUGGAGAGCCUGAGCAGCUCGCUGGGGAUUAAGAUCACGAGGAACACGUGCGUGACGACGGGGGUGGAUAUACUGCUGCAGCAGGGGGUGACGGAUCUGACGAGGAUGGGGUGUUUGUGGGUCACUAUCGCGUGGGGAUUCUUCUUUAGGAUUUUGUUCUACUUGUCGCUGUUGGUUGGGAGCAAGAAUAAGAGGGCUUGAGUUCUGGAUUUGGUUGCCUAAUUUUCUCAACUGUAUUGUUGUUGUGUAUAAAGUACUGAUGCAAUGUUAUUUUUAUGGUUUGUUUGUUUAGUA